UGACUUCCGGGGCGAGGGUCAAGGGUCAGGCUUAGGGGCUUCUAGCCUUAGGUUCACGGAUGGGGGUUAGGCGACUGGGAGCCCUUGAAAUAGGGCCCUGGUGGUCUCGGGCCGUGCGGGCCAGGGUUCGGGGCGCGGGUUCAGGGGGCCGAUGAAGCAGGGCGCGACCGGGGGUCGGGAGCACCCGGGUGCGGGCCGGGGUCCUGCGGCCUGGCGGGUGCAGGAAUGCGGGCGCGGCGCGGGCGGGGUGCCCCGCCCAGGUGCUGCCCGGGCAGGCAGGAGACAGGAGCAGGCGGGGCAGGGGCGGGGGCGGGAACGUGAAUCAGGCCGGGCGGGCGGGCCGCGCCGGGGAGUGGCUGCCGGACCGACCGGACCGCGAGGCCGCUGGGCGGCGGUCGGCUCCUGCUGCCCUUGUGCCGAGACCCCGCGCACCUGGCCAGACCCCCGCCCACAACAUGGCUCGCCGUUCCCAGAGUUCCUCACAAGGGGACAAUCCUCUGGCACCUGGAUACCUGCCACCACACUAUAAAGAAUACUACCGCCUGGCAGUGGAUGCCCUGAUGGAGGGUGGCCGAGAGGCCUACAACCGUUUCCUGGCUUCUGAGGGGGCUCCUGACUUCCUGUCCCCUGAGGAACUAGAACACGUGUGCCGACAUCUAACGCCCCCACAGCAUGUUGCCCGUGAGCUCCCCGAAGGCAGCCCUCCUGAUGUGGACAUGGAUGGCUCCUCCGGCACCUACUGGCCAGAGAACUCAGACCAGGCUGUGCCUGAGCUUGACCUGGGCUGGCCCCUGACCUUCGGCUUCCAGGGAACUGAGGUCACCACACUGGUGCAGCCACCGCCGCCUGACAGUCCCAGCAUCAAGGAUGAGGCUCGAAGGAUGAUCCGCUCUGCCCAGCAGGUGGUGGCUGUGGUGAUGGAUAUGUUUACUGAUGUGGACCUGCUCGGUGAAGUGCUAGAGGCUGCUGCACGCCGUGUCCCAGUCUACAUCUUGCUGGAUGAGAUGAACGCACAGCACUUCAUGGACAUGGCUGACAAGUGCCGUGUCAACCUGCACCACGUGGAUUUCCUGCGUGUCCGAACUGUGGCCGGCCCCACAUACUACUGCCGCACCGGGAAAUCUUUCAAAGGCCAUGUGAAGGAGAAGUUCCUGCUAGUCGACUGUGCUGUGGUGAUGAGUGGGAGCUACAGCUUCAUGUGGUCCUUCGAGAAGAUCCACCGCAGCCUGGCACACGUGUUCCAGGGAGAACUGGUCUCCAGUUUCGAUGAGGAGUUCCGCAUCCUCUUUGCACAGUCUGAGCCAUUGGUGCCCUCAGCAGGAGCUCUGGCCCGAAUGGAUGCCUAUGCCCUGGCUCCUUACUCAGGUGCCGGGCCCCUAGUGGGUGUCCCUGGUGUUGGGGCACCGACUCCCUUUUCGUUUCCUAAGCGGGCACACCUGCUGUUCCCACCACCCCGGGAAGAAGGCCUGGGGUUCCCCUCUUUCCUAGACCCUGACCGCCACUUCCUCUCUGCCUUCCGCCGGGAGGAGAUGCCACGGGGACCUGGGGGCAUCCUGGAGCAGCACACAGGGCUGCGGCCCUUAUCUCGGAGGUUGGACCCAGAGAUCGGCCCCAGUGGAGAGCUCUCGGGCACUCGGGGCUUCUUUCAGGCAAGGCACCUGGAGAUGGAUGCCGUCAAACGACACAGCUACGCAGCAGUGGAUGGUACAGGGGCUGUGGAGAACUUCGCGGCUGCGCGCCAGGUGUCCCGCCAGACAUUCCUCAGCCACGGUGAUGACUUUCGAUUCCAGACCAGUCACUUCCACCGCGACCAGCUCUACCAGCAGCACUACCAGUGGGAUCCGCAGCUCAAUCCUACGCGCCCACAAGGCCUGUUCGAGAAGAUCCGUGCUGGCCGCCCGGGCUUCCCUGACCAUGACGACUUCACACUGGGUGCUGGACUCCGGUUCCCAGAGCUUGGCCCUGAUGGGCACCAGCGGCUGGAAUAUGUGCCGUCCAGCGCAUCCCGAGAGGUGCGCCAAGGCUCAGACCCCGUCUUUGGGCCGGGCCAGCGGGGUCUGGAACCUGGUGGUGCUCUGCACCCAAACCUGGGCCAGCGAUUCCCCUGUCAGGCAGUGGUGAGGCAGGGCCCCGACCCUGCCAUGGAGACAGAGCCUGAACGUAAGGGUGGGACAGAGGGGCGUGCAGGACUUCGGCACUGGCGCCUCGCCUCAUACCUGAGUGGCUGCCACGGUGAAGACACAGGUGAGGAGGGGCUGUCCUUGCCCAUGGAAGCCGAGGUCUAUGAGGACGACGUGCUGGCUCCCACGGGCCGAGCACCUGCCGGAGACUUGCUGCCCUCAGCCUUCCGUGCCCCUACUGCCUUCCCGGCCAAGGGUCCUGUGCCAGGCCCAGGAAGCGGAGGUGGUGCAGAGCGCGAGGGUGUGGAGGAGGCUGGCUUGGCCAAGCAGGACUCCUUCCGCUCGCGCCUGAACCCCAUCAUCCAGCGCAGCUCAAGACUCCGAUCAUCGCUCAUUUUUGCAUCUCAGGCACAGGCGGAGGGCGUGGGCGGAGCUGCGGGGGGCACCACCGAGAAGGUGCAGCUGCUGCACAAGGAGCAGACUAUCAGUGAGACACUGGGGCCCGGUGGAGAGGCGGUACGCUCCACCGCCUCAGCCAAAGUGGCCGAACUACUGGAGAAGUACAAGGGGCCAGCGCGCGACACUGGGGGCGCUGUCACCGUCUCCAGCCACAGCAAAGCCAUGGUGUCCCAGACCUUGCAGGAAGAGGUAACGGCGCCAGGCGCAGGAGGGUGUGAGCGCCGCAGCCUGGAGAGCUGCCUGCUUGACCUGCGUGACUCCUUCGCUCAGCAGCUGCACCAGGAGGCGGAACGGCAGCCUGGAGCUGCCUCACUCACAGCCGCACAACUGCUCGACACUCUGGGUCGGAGUGGCGCCGACCGCCUUCCCUCUCGCUUUCUUUCUGCACAGGGCAGUUCCACCUCGCCACAAGGGCGGGACAGCCCUCCACCUGACGGGCCUGGAGCCCACCAGGUGCCUCAUUCUGAGCCAAAAGGGAGCCCCACUUUGGCCUACCCAGAGCGGAAGGGGAGCCCUACACCUGGAUUCCCCAAUCGAAGAGGCAGCCCAACUACAGGAUUUGUUGAGCAGAAGGGGAACCCCACAUCAUCCUACCCAGAGCAUAAGGGAAGCCCUGUGCCUCCUGUGCCAGAACGCAGGAGCAGCCCGGGGCCACCUGUACCUGAGCGCAGGGGCAGUCUUACGCUGGCCCUGCCCGUGGAGUCUCCAAAGGCCACGCCUACAGAGGAGGUGGCAGUUGGCCCUAUGGAGGUGCUGCGCAAGGGCUCCCUGCGCCUGAGGCAGCUGCUGAGCCCGAAGAGUGAGCGGCGCGGGGAGGGCGAGGGCAGCUUCCCAGUACUGCAGGAGAAUGGGCAGCCUGAGAGUCCUCGGCGACCAUCUUUGGGUCGAAGUGACAGCACGGAGGCUGCAGGAGAUGAGCGUAACCCUAGGGCACGUAUAGCCUCAGCCACAGCCAAUGCCCUGUACAGUAGCAACCUUCGGGAUGACACUAAGGCCAUUCUGGAGCAGAUUAGUGCCCACGGCCAGAAACACCGUGGGGUUCCUGUCCCAGGCCCAGUCCCAGUCCUGGACCCAACCCAUAGUAGCCCUGAGCUGGGCCACCCUCCUGCUGCUGGAGGCCUGGCCCCAGACAUGUCUGACAAGGACAAGUGCUCAGCCAUCUUCCGCUCAGACAACCAGGGGCCGCAAGGCCGGCUGAGCCGCACGCUGCCUGCCAGUGCAGAAGAGCGUGACCGACUGCUUCGCCGCAUGGAGAGCAUGCGCAAGGAGAAGCGUGUCUACAGUCGCUUUGAGGUCUUCUGCAAAAAGGAUGAGGCUGGCAGCCCAGGGGCAGGGGACAGUUUGGUGGAGGAAGACGCCAGGGACAGCAAGGUGGGGAAGUUCAUGCCCAAGAUCCUAAGCACAUUCAAAGGCAAGAAGUGAGCUUCCUGGCUCUCCAGACCAGAGCACUAUACUGCACACUGCCAGCCUGUUCCUGGAGCACCCAACAGGCAGGGAGCUCCUCAUCCCUGUGUCUGAGUGAUAGUCGCCAGGCCACUGUGCCAAAGCAGUCUGUGUGCUUCAGCCUUGGCCUUUUCUCCCCAGGGGCUCAACCCCUGGCUCCUGCAGCUCUCUUCUUUCUUGGGGACCCUCCACUCUCAGGGUUCCCUCCACCUCUCCUUGGCCCAAAACCCUCUUGGGGCCUUUGUUCACCUCAGGGAUCCCUUCUGUGUGUGCCUUAGUCCCCUGUCUUUCAGGGGUCUCUAUCCCUUGUGGCUCAGUUCUGUGAUCUCACCCCAUGCCUUUUGUCUCCUCAGGGUUUCCAUUCUCAGGGUACCUGUCUCCUGAAAGCCUCCUGGAUCCAUCCAGUGGCUGCUAUCUGCUGACAGCCGCAUCUCCCUCCCCCUCCCCUUCCUUCCCACUCUUCUAGUUUCUUCUCUCACCUUCAUUUCUGGGACUUGCUUGCUUUCCUGCUUGGACCCCAUCUCCGUGAGGCCUCCUAGCACCUGUCUUGCCAUGGGGAAGGCAGGCCAGGCACUUCUGAGAGAGGGCAGGGAUCAGACUCCAAGGAUGUUCCCCUUAGAAUGACAGGGAAACUGGAUAGGGCAGACUUAUUUAAAGCAGGGACACAGGGGACCCCAGAAGACCUGCCCUUCCACCCAACAGCAGCUGCCUCAGCCAAGUAUGCCCCCUCCUAUAGCACAGCCUGGGUUGACACCUUGUAAGGCACAGGAGGGGAGCACUGGGCUUUGUAACGCAAUAAAACGUCUAGACAGAA